AUGGCAUUAGACUAUGUCGCUCCGCCCCCAGGCUUCAUGGAUCUCGCCAACGCUAGCCGGAUCCCAUCAGGCCAGUCAUUCAACGUUAUUGGGGUCUGUGUUGAGAGCCUUGACCCUAUCCAAUGCAGGACCGGGCAAUACAAGAUCGCAUUCACAUUACAUGAUCCCACGUGGUUGAGUGGUGCGGGCAUGGAAUUCUCGUUCUUCGCCAAAUCUGCAGACCAACUACCUGUUGUCAGCGAUCAGGGCGAUGUCGUCAUCCUCCGCAAUAUCAAAACAAUGAUUCAUAAAGGUCUGAACAAGGGCCUAUCAAACUUCUCAUCAACCUGGGUUGUGCUUCCGUAUGUUGAGGUAGCGAACAUGAAUUCUCCUCGGGACCUGAAGGAAAAGGCCCGAUGGCGGAAAGAUGGGCGAGAGCCCAAUUCCCAGUAUUCCAAAGGACCGCCAACGGCUCUUCUGACCGAAGCUGAACUCAAGUACGCCAAAUGGAUUGCUGAACAGGAAGAUCCCAGUACCUGGCCCCCAGUACGAGGGAGGACGCAGAUAGACGUGGCAAACACCAUGGUAAGCAAUGGCGGCGCCCGUCCGCCGGCCAAGGAGAAGCUCAAAUUGCUUCAGGACCUCGAGUUGCACAGCGACAACGCCCACAUCUUUGCAGACCUACUGGGAGAAGUGCGCAGAAUCUACAGCAACGAUUUCUUGACCGAGCUAUAUCUGACCGACUAUACGAGUAAUAGCCAGCUCUACAACUACAAAUUCUCCGUCCAUGAAGAAGGGCGGACGGGUGACCCCUAUGGCUACCUUGAUGUGGAUCCGAGCGCGUGGCCCGGCCCUUGGGGCCAAAUGACAAUGGCUGUCCGAUGCAGAGACGGUCAGAGCCAUGUUGCCAACACAAAGGUGAAAGUGGGCGACUUUGUCUACCUGCGCAACAUCCAAAUCAAAAUGGACAAGAACAGGGGGAAGCUUGAAGGCAACUGUCGAGAUGAUCCGAAGUACCCAGAAAAAGAGCUGAUCGAGGUGAUCAAGGCCAAAGAUGAGCGGCGGAUUGAUGUCUUGCGGCGGAAGCGGGCAUAUGAGGAGAAGGCAGAAGCCAGUGGCAUCAAAUUUUACCGGGACCCAAACCAGGCACGCAAAAAGCGGCAAAGAGAGGAGCCCACCGAAGAACAGAGCGGUGAGCUGAUAACCAAACGAAGCAAGAACAGAGCCCGGAAGAACAGGAAAGCCAACGAGGUUGAAGCACAGGCGAAAAGGAUGACGGCAGCCGGGUCUGCUGAGCAAGAGCGUCCUCUCACACUCAAUCCAUCCAUCCGAAUCCACAACCAUAAAGGACUGCUGUUUAAGUCAAUCGUCGACAUUCUGGACCCGGACAUCCUAAAUCGCACAACCCCUAAGGGAAAUCCAUAUCGGCUACCGUUUCAGAAUUGCACAUAUAAAUCGAAAGUCAGGGUGGUUGAUUUCUUCCCCGACAACGUUGCCGAUUUUGCUGCUCCACGCCAGGUAUCGCAGUAUGAUGAGCUGGAUGAUCACAAGUCCUCUGACGAUGAUUCCGACCUCGAUCUGACACAAGAAGAGAGCGGUGACGAGAUCAAAUGGGAAUGGCGAUUCUUCCUCCUUGUAGAAGACUCGAAGCCACAGCCGGGCUGCCAGGGACGUCCGACGCAGAUGCAAUUGCUCGUGGCCGAUGACGACGGCGAUUGCCUCUUCAACAUGGACGCUUGCGAUCUCAGGGACAAGAAGAACGAGACUGCACUGGCGUCGCUGAAAGAGAAGUUGUUCCACCUCUGGGGAGACUUGCAGGAGAAGAAAGAGGAAGCCCAGAGCACAGCGGAGGCGCUCAGCGUGAAACCCAGUGCCCGGCCCUUUGAAUGCUUGAUCAAGGAGUACGGAGUGCCAGUCCGAGGCUCCAAAAGCCGUCCGACCGAUGUCAUGGCCUAUGAUAGAUUCUUCCGUCUAUUCGGGACGGCGAUCUAA